AUGGAUCUAUUUGGGUCCUGGGGCAGUUCAGCAGACGCCCGCAGCGGCUGCAGGCACGGUGCCGCCCGCAUCAAGCGCCUCGCCCCUGUGCAGUGCGGCGCAGUGUGGGGCAGCCAUCCCUGCGGCCUCCUCGCGCCCCACCAGGGCAGCGACGCGCCCAGCGACCCGCAGGACUCGGCAGUCGACUGCCAGCCGCCCCCGUUGCCGCAGCAGCCGGGGCGGCUGCGCUUGAGGGCACGCGCUUUGGGGGCCGUCGAAGCUGCGAGCCCGGGGAGCUGUGGCGCGCGCGGCGGCGGUCUGGUGGACCGGGGGCCCUCCAUGGCUG